GGCGGCGGCGGCGCCAUGUCGGAUCAGCAGUUCGCUCUGGACUCGGCGGCGGUAGCGGCUGGCGCCGGGGGCAGCGCGGCCGAGCCGGCGGAGCAGCCUGAGGGGCAGGCGGGGGCGGGGAGCACCGAUGGGGGAGGCGGCGGCGGCGGCGGGGUCGAGUCGGAGGGAGCCAAGAUCGACGCCAGCAAGAACGAGGAGGACGAGGGGAAGAUGUUCAUUGGUGGCCUUAGCUGGGACACAACGAAGAAGGAUCUGAAGGACUACUUCUCCAAGUUUGGUGAAGUUGUGGACUGCACUCUGAAGUUGGACCCCAUCACUGGGAGAUCGAGAGGCUUCGGCUUUGUGCUCUUCAAAGAGUCGGAGAGCGUGGAUAAGGUCAUGGACCAGAAAGAACACAAGCUGAAUGGAAAGGUCAUUGAUCCAAAAAGAGCUAAAGCCAUGAAAACAAAAGAACCCGUUAAAAAGAUUUUUGUUGGGGGCUUAUCUCCAGACACACCUGAGGAGAAAAUACGGGAAUACUUUGGAGGUUUUGGUGAGGUCGAAUCCAUAGAGCUCCCCAUGGACAACAAAACUAACAAGAGGCGUGGAUUUUGCUUCAUUACUUUCAAGGAGGAGGAACCAGUGAAGAAAAUAAUGGAAAAGAAAUACCACAAUGUUGGGCUUAGUAAAUGUGAAAUAAAAGUAGCCAUGUCAAAGGAACAGUACCAGCAGCAGCAGCAGUGGGGGAGUCGGGGAGGAUUUGUUGGAAGAGCUCGAGGGAGAGGUGGAGGCCCCAGUCAAAGCUGGAACCAGGGAUACAGCAACUACUGGAAUCAGGGGUAUGGGAACUAUGGUUACAACAGCCAAGGCUAUGGUGGUUAUGGAGGAUAUGACUACACUGGUUACAACAACUACUAUGGAUAUGGCGACUAUAGCAAUCAGCAGAGUGGUUAUGGAAAAGUAUCUCGGCGAGGUGGUCAUCAAAAUAGCUACAAACCAUACUAAAUUAUUCCAUUUGCAACUUACCCCAAACAGCGGGAACUUCCUUGCAGGCCCUGUGUCGCGCUGACUUCACGAUUCUCACAGGCCCGCUCAAUGCGGACAGGGUACGAGAUGCUCACGCUCUCGAAUGCUGCCGUUUGGUAUGGUCUCUUCCAACAUCCUGUAUCAGCAUUAUAAAAUAAAAUGGAUACUUCAAGCUUUGCCUUCACUUAUUUCUUUGCUUUUAAAACUAUUUGUAAUGUAAUUUAAUGCAUUUUUUACAGGCCCAGUAAUGGUUAAAUACGUCAGCUUACUGAAUAAUUUUAACUUUGUUCUUCUAAGGAUACAGCUUGUCUCUGGAUUUUCCAGUCUUAAUUUUAUAUUUUAUUAAUCUAUUUUAAUGCUUGCUUUUCCCAUUUAUAGACAUUGUAGCAGUAAUUGCAAGAAGUUCUUGAGCUGAAUUCCUGUUGUGUCGACUUCUCCUUAGCUUCCGAAUACAAUCCUACUAUAGUAAUUAAUGUAACUUUUUCUUUUGGUUGUAUUUUCUUAACUUAACAGAUAAGCUAAUGACACUCUAGAGUGGGUCGGCACAAAUCUUAAAUGCGACUUUUGGGCCCAGAAGGUCCAUCCACCGAAAUAGUUUUGGUGGUGGUUAUGGGUAUCCACCAUGUUUAUAACAUCUAAGUCUAGAAGCAUUUCCGAAGUAAAUUUGCAUACAAUGAAAAGCUUGUCUUAAACAUUGGUGCACAUGUGGAUUUCCAGCUCAUGGACUCUUCUGUUCAGCUUUAAUUUUAAAAAGCAUAUAUUUACAUGAUUAAUGUUGAUAUACUAUAUUUACAUAGAGUGGGAAAUAGGGGUAUCUAAAGUGCAGUUGUCUGUUAAUAAAAAAAGCCAACAAAAAAACUUUUCUGCUAGCUGUCGGUUUUCACAGAAUGACUUCUUUCUCUUUUCUUUUUCCUAGGUGGAGACGCAGUAUUUUCUCAUUUGAAGAUUCAAUUGAGGUGGCACAUGCUACCUGCUAAUAGCAGUUGAAACUAAUUUUUGUAUCAAGUCCAUGAAUUGGAAGUAAGACGUUGGGUCCCUCUGAAGUUUAAUUGAGUUUUCAUUAAGAAAAAAUUGCUUUCAUGGUCUUAUUUCUUAAUUGCUAUGCUUAAGAAUCAAUUUGUUUUAUCCCUUCCUCAGUAUUGUAGCUCAAGUCUUGUGUUCCAAAGCCCAGUGUGACAGUGUCAUGAUGUAGUAGUGUCUUACUGGUUUUUUAAUAAAUCUUUUUGUAUAA